CCCAGGAGGCUCCACACCUGAACCCCUCCCCUUGCACCUGCUCCUCUGACCUGCUCCACCCUCCACCCACCAGAACCAUGACCUGCUGUGGCUGCUCUGGGGGCUGUGGCUCCAGCUGCGGUGUGCCUGUCUGCUGCUGCAAGCCCGUGUGCUGCUGUGUGCCGGCCUGUCCCUGCUCUAGCUGUGGGUCCUGCGGGGGCUCCAAGGGGGGCUGUGGGUCCUGUGGGGGCUCCAAGGGGGGCUGUGGGUCCUGUGGGGGCUCCAAGGGGGGCUGUGGGUCCUGUGGGGGCUCCAAGGGAGGCUGUGGGUCAUCCUGCUGCCAGUCCAGCUGCUGCAAACCCUGCUGCUCCCAGUCCUGCUGCUGCAAACCCUGCUGCUCCCAGUCCUGCUGCUGCAAACCCUGCUGCUCCCAGUCUUGCUGCUGCAAACCCUGCUGCUGUGAGUCCUGCUGCUGUAAGCCUUGCUGCUGUGAGUCCUGCUGCUGUAAGCCUUGCUGCUCCCAGUCUUGCUGCUGCAAACCCUGCUGCUCCCAGUCCUGCUGCUGCAAACCCUGCUGCUGUGAGUCCUGCUGCUGCAAACCCUGCUGCUCCCAGUCCUGCUGCUGCAAACCCUGCUGCUGUGAGUCCAGCUGCUGUAAGCCUUGCUGCUCCCAGUCCAGCUGCUGCAAACCCUGCUGCUCCCAGUCCAGCUGUUGUGCCCCCAUCUGCUGCCAGUGCAAGGUCUGAGGCUGUGACUCCUACUGAUCCAGGUUUCCCCAGCUACGUCCUGUGCUUCAUUGUUAAGUUCCAAAUCACAUCUUGGGGGCCAUCGCCCUUGUAGAAAGAAGCCAGAUUUGGUUUCUAGUUCCUGAGGAAAAGCCAUUCUAAUGUUCACUGUCUCCUGACAAAUCCAUUCCCAAGUCACCUUCUGCCUGCAUGUCCCUCCUCUCCCCUGACCUCACCCUGAUUGGUCCACUGACAGGCAUGGGCUCCAGCUGAAGUCCUGUUUUCACUCCAAGAGGAUGUAAGUGUUGGUGUUCCACUGGGAACAAAGUUGUGGUUAAAGAGACUUCCUUGGAGCUGCUUUGCAUGUCAAGCACUCUGAUUUAUCUUCAAUCCUAUGUUACAAAUGAAUAAAAACAUCGUGUUGACAAAUUGAAA